AGGUGGAUGUCGAUCGAGUUGGAACUGCUCUCGAAGUCGCCGACCCGUGAAAAUAUCGAGCGCAUACGAAACCUCUUCCUCGAUCGAUUACAAGUACCACAGGCUGCCUGGGAUGAAACGUCGCAGAUGUUCUCUACGUUCAUCACCAAAUAUGAUGAACCUUCCUGGGAGUCUACCAUGGUCCAGGCUUCAAAGUUGGCAGAGCAAGCGAAAGCUCUAUAUGCCAAGCGCGAAAAACACGAAAUGGACCUAGAACGGGCAGCUGGUGAUAUCGAGGCUCAAAGAGCAGUGAUGCGAGACUAUUUGGACUGGGAGAGCAAGCAAGCUAGAAUGAAGCCUAAGAAAGGCGCUUCUCCAAGCCCCUUGAUCCUUGUUGUCGCGCUAUAUGAAAGAGCCCUAUCAUCUACACUUGGUUCGGACCCAGCCGUAUGGCAGGAUUACAUUGUCUUUCUGGGACAGAACUCACAGGCGCACUUACCGUCGGUUUUGUCAGUGGUUGCGAGGGCUACACAGCAUUGCCCCUGGUCAGGAACCCUCUGGGCUCGGUAUAUCCUCACAGCUGAAGCCGAAAAGUUGUCUUACUCCGAUAUCGAGUCCAUAAAGCACGCUGCCACGAACACUAGAGAGUUAGACCGUGAUGGGAUGGGUGGGGUGGUAGAAGUGUAUAUUGCAUGGUGUGGUUAUCUCACCCGACGAGCUGCUCCUCCAGGAGCAUCAGAUGAAGAUAUCGAUGUCGCUGAGAUGGGUCUACAUGCUGCGCUGGAGAGUGUUCAGGAUUGGGGACAAAGACUACACGGCAAAAAGGAUUACAAGGGCGACCCUCUAUUUCGCAUCGAAAGGAUAAUGAUUCACUACCUCACCCAGAAGGGCUCAGCCGCAGAAGCACGUGGAUAUUGGAAAAGAUUAGCUGAAACCCAUUCACAUGGUUGGGAGUUCUGGCAACGAUACUAUAUCUGGGAAAUGACUGUCAAUCCUGCAAAUACACCUCCUACUCUAGCAACCCAAGUUUUGAAUGAAGCUGUGCAUCAGCAAUCACUGGAUUGGCCAGAGAAAAUGAUGGAGGUUUAUGUCCGGCACUGCAACAUAUACACGGAUGCCAAUCAAUUACUUUCUGCCAUGGAUACCGUCCACUGGCUCUCCAAAAACGUUGCCAAACGACGUGAAAAGGAGGCAGCUGAGGCAGCAGCAUUGUAUGCUCAACAGCAGCCUUCAGCAGAGCAAGCCGCCGGCGAAUCUCCUGGAGCCUCAAAGAGGAAGCGCGAAACGGGUUCAGAUGAGGCUGAUGGUAUUGCAAGCAAGAAGCUCAAAGGCGAUGAGCAAGAAGUUGACCAGGAGGCAUUGCGAGAACAGCACUUGAAACGCGAUCGCGAGAAUACAUCUGUCCUAGUCACAAAUUUGCCAGCAGAAGUAACCCAGACAAAAGUCAGACAUUACUUCAAGGACUAUGGCCACAUCAACAGCAUUACAGUGAAGACGGAGCAGGACGGACUUUCAUCAACAGCUUUGAUUGAAUUCCGAUCCAACGAAGACGUUCUGUCGGCCCUGAUUCGGGACGGCAAAUACUUCGCUGAUAAACAAAUUUCAGUGAUGCCCGCUACUGGCUUAACGCUCUAUGUGACCAACUACCCACCUGCCGCUGAUGAUGCUUAUAUCCGAAAUCUGUUCAAAGACUGUGGCGAGAUAUUCAGCAUUCGAUGGCCAAGUCUAAAGUACAACACCCACCGUCGAUUCUGCUAUGUCACUUUUCGCACACAGGCUGCAGCUGCUGCCGCGACACAAAUGAAUGGCCAAAUGCUUCCAGGUGGGUUCAAGCUCAGUGCAUUAUAUUCUGAUCCAUCGAGGAAGAAGGCACGUGAGGGCCCGAUAGCAGAGGGAAGAGAAUUACAUGUCACCAGUCUCGACACUUCCCUAAACGAGGAAGAUCUGAAAGCCGUGUUCUCAAAAUAUGGCCCAGUUGAAGCUGUUAGGCUCCUGAGGACAUUGGGAGGUGAGAGUAAAGGUGCAGCAUUCAUUGUGUUUGAGAAAAAGGAUGACGCCACAGCAGCACUUGCCCUUGACAAGACUAAGCUGAAGUCCAGGGUUAUCACCGUUGAAGUGUCGACGGGUAAGAACUUCAAGCCUACUGCAACCAGCAAGGGGGCUUCGGCUUCUCCAGCACCGGAUGCAGAUGGUGACUCCGUUAUGUCUCCUUCCCCCGCGCCAGAGUAUCAUACAAAUACACAUGCACACCACGGCCCGUCCGGAACGGACAUAGCCAAUCGAACGAUGACCUUGAUAAAUAUCCCAGACACUGUCAAUGAUGCUCGGGUACGCGCUAUUGCUGAACCCUUUGGUAACAUUGUCAAACUUGUUCUACGACCGGACCACCAGGGCGCCAUUAUCGAGUAUACCGAUGCUGCGUCCGCAGGCCGGGCAGCAUUGGGACUAGAAAAUUAUGAGAUCGCGCCUGGACGACGACUUCGAACUGGAGGCAUGAAGGAUCUACUUGGGGAAAGGGAUGAGAUAAAGACUGAUCGAGUCCAGAUCGGGCAAGGCAAGAAGACGCAAGGAAAUUACUCUUUACCGCCUAUUGCGCCGGUCAGGAGGCCAGGCCCAGGCGGGCGAGGGGGUUUGGGAACGAAGAGAGGAUUGGGCUACCCUGCUGCAAAGCCUGCUGAUCCAUCCGGCUCAAGUGCUGGUGCCGGUGGAGUGCAAGGCAACGGAAGGGCAGAUGGAAAUGUUGCGCCGAAGAGCAAUGCGGAUUUCAAGGCAAUGUUCUUGAAUGGUGGAAAGGAAUAGUUGUUUUUAAUUAAUGGAUAGGUCGCAGACCAUCAAGGCUAGUUCGCUAUUUGCAAAGGCUCUAUCAAUGUAAUUCAAAAAGGUGCUAGUCUAUCGUUGUGCUG